AUAAUAGAAAGAAUCAAUAAAACCAGAAGUUUGUUCUUUAAAAGGAUCAAUAAAAUAGACAAACCACCGGCUAAAUUGACAAAAGAAAAAAACCAGAAGAGGCAAAUAAUCAAAUUAAGAAAUCAAAUCGGUGACAUUACAACUGAUUCAACAGAGAUAAAGAUCAUAACUGAUUACUAUGAAAAAUUGUACUCCAACAAAUUUGAAAACCUAGGUGAAAUGAGGAGACAUGGUGUCUUAGUGGUUAAGAGCUUGUACCAAAAGGUCAGCAGUUCAAAUCCACCAGCAGCUCCUUGGAAACACUAUGGGGUAGUUCUACUCCGUCCAACAGGGUGGCCCUGAGUUGGAAUCGACUCGACAGCAGUGAGUGAGAGGUGAAGUGGGCAUAUUCCUAGAAAUACACUACCUACCCAAACUAAUACAGAGGUAGAAAAUUUAAACAGACCCAUUACAAAAAAAGAGCUUGAAGAUGUCAUGAAAAAAUUACCAACAACAACAACAAGAAAGCCCAGGACCAGAUGGCUGUGCUGGAGAAUUGUACCAAACAUUCAGAGAAGAGUUGACACCAAUCCUACUCAACCUCUUCAAAAACAUACAAGAGAAAGUAACACUACAGAACUUUUUCUGUGAGGCCAGCAUAACCCUGAUACCUAAACGAGGCAAAGACAUCAAAAAGAAAAGAAAAUUGUUGUUUUUAGGUUCUGUUCAGCUGGUUUCAACUCAUAGUGAUCCUAUAUACAACAGAACAUAACAUUGCCCAGUCCUGCACCAUCUGCACAGUCAUUGCUAUGUUUGAGCUCAUUUUUGUGGCCACUGUGUCAAUCCAUCUCUUUGAGGGCCUUCCUCUUUUCACUGACCUGUACCUUACCAACCAUGAUGUCCUUCUCCAGGGACUGGCCCCUCCUGAUAACAUGUCCAAAGUACUUGAGACAAAGUUUUGCCAUCCUGCUUCUAAGAAGCCUUCUGACAGUACUUCUUCCAAGACAGAUUUGUUUGUUCUUCUGGCAGCCCAUGAUAUAUUGAAUAUUCUUUGCCAACACAAUAAUUCAAAGACAUCAAUUUUUCUUCAGUCUUCCUUAUUCAUUGUCCAGCUUUCACAUGCAUAUGAGGGGAUUGAAAAUACCAUAGCUUGGGUCAGGUGCACCUUAGCCCUCAAAGCGACAUCUUUGCUUUUGAACACUUUUAAACCAGGCAAAGACCUUACAGAAAAAGAAAAUUACCAAUAUCCCUUAUGAGCAUAGAUGCAAUUUUUUCAACAAAAUUCUAGCCAACAGACUUCAGCAACAUAUCUAAAUAAAUAAAUAAAUAAACCAUACGCCAUGAUCCAGUGAGAGUCAUACAAGGAUUACAAGGGUGGUUUAACAUUAGAAAAUUCAUUCAAUGUAAUCUGCCACAUAAGUAAAACAAAGGAGAGGAACAAUAUGAUCAUAUCAAUUGAUGCAGAAAAGGCUUUCAAUAAAAUUCAACACCCUUUCUUGAUUAAAAAAAAAAAAAAUUCUCAGGGGAAUUUCUCAACAUAAUUAAGGGCAUAUAUCUAAAACCAAAAGGACAGCAGUUCAAAUCCACCAAGUGCUCCUUGGAAACUCUACGGGGCAGUUCUUCUCUGUCUUAUAGGGUUGCUAUGAGUCGAAAUCGACUCAACGGCAAUGGGUUUGGGUUUUUUUUUUUUUUUUUUAAUGCAAAACCAACAGCCAACGUUUUACUCAGUGGAGAAAGGCUGAGAGCCUUCCCUCUGAGAGUGGAAAUGAGACAAGGAUGCCCAUUAUCAUCAUUCUUAUUCGACUUUAUACUGGAAGUCCUAGCCAGAGCAAUAAGACAAGAAAGAAAGAUAAAAGGUAUCCAAAUUGGAAAGGAAGAAAUAAAACUAUAUUUGCAGAUGACAUGAUAUUAUACAUAAAAAACCCUAAGGAUUCCACAAGAAAGCUGCCAGAACUAAUAGAAGAAUUUAGCAAUGUUGCAGAGUACGAGAUCAACACACAAAAACCAGUUGGGUUUCUCUACACUAACAAAACUACUCUGAAAAAGAAACCAAGAAAACAAUACUAUUUAUAAUAGCCCCCAAAUUGAUAAAAAUAUCUAGGAAUUAACCUAACCAGGGGCAUAAAAGACCUACAAUGAAAAUGAUAAAACACACUACAAGACACAAAGAGAACUACAAAAAUGGAAAAACAUCCCAUGCUUAUAGAUUGGAAGACUUAAUAUAGUGAAAAUGUCAAUUCUACCUAAAGCAAUCUACAGAUACAAUGCAAUCCUGAUAUAAAUCCCAACAACAUCCUUUACUGAAAUAGAAAGACUAAUGACCAACUUCACAUGGAAAGGAAAGAAACCUAGAAAAACCAAAGCAAUAUUGAAGAAAAAGAACAAAGCAGGAGGUCCCACAUGCCCUAGUAUCAGAACAUAUUAUACUGCCACUGUAAUUAAAACAGCCUGGUAUUGGUUCAGUAGUAGACAUAGACCAGUGCAAUAGAACUGAGAGCUCAGAAUUAAACCCAGCCAACUAUGGACAGCUGAUUUUCCACAAGGGUUCAAAACUCAUUCAGUGGAACAGAAACAGCCUCUUUAAUAAGUGGUGCUGGCAAAACUGGAUAUCCACUUGCCAAAAAGUGAAACAGUACCCAUAUCUCACACCAAACACAAGAACUAACUCAAAUGGAUCAAAGACCUGAAUGUUAAAACUAAAACCAUAAAAUCCCUGGAAGACAACAUAGGGAGAAUACUAUGGGACUUAAUCUUUUGUAAAAAUAGGGUAACAAACAUUACAACAAAUGCAUGAACAGAAGACAAACAGAUAAAUGGAACAUCAUAAAAGUUUAAAAACUUAUGCUCAUCAAAACAUUUUAUUAAAAGAAUAAAUAGCCUACAGACUGGGAAAAAAAUCUUUGGCAAUGACUUAUCUGAUAAGGGUUAAUCUCUAAAAUCUAUAGAAAACUGCAACAACUCAAGAACAAAAAGACAACCCAAUUACAAAAUGGGCAAAGGAUGUGAACAGAACCUUCACCAAAGAGGACAUCCAGCAGCCAACAAAUAUAUUAAAAGAUGUUCACUAGAACUGAACAGAAGAUUUCAAAGAACCUCUUGAGAAGACAAAGUAAAGUAUUUUAAUCACAUGUGCAAAGAGCUGGAGAUGGAAAACCAAAAGGGAAGAACACGCUCGGCGUUUCUCAAACUGCAAGAACUGAAGAAAAAAUUCAAGCCUAGAGUUGCAAUAGUGAAGGAUUCCACGGGGAAAAUAUUAAACGACACAGGAAGCAUCAAAAGAAGAUGGAAGGAAUACACAGUCAUUAUACCAAAAAGAAUUAGUCGAUAUUCAACCAUUUCAAGAGGUGUCAUAUGAUCGGGAACCGAUGGUACUGAAGGAAGAGGUCCAAGCUGCUCUGAAGGCAUUGGAGAAAAACAAGGCUCCAGGAACUGAUGGAAUAUCAAUUGAGAUGUUUCAACAAACAGAUGCAUCGCUGGAGGUGCUCACUCGUCUAUGCCAAGAAAUAUGGAAGACAGCUUCCUGGCCGACUGACCAGAAGGGAUCCAUAUUUAUGCCUAUUCCCAAGAAAGGUGACCCAACCGAAUGUGGAAAUUAUAGAACAAUAUCAUUAAUAUCACACGCAAGCCAAAUUUUGCUGAAGAUCAUUCAAAAACAGUGGGAGCAGUAUAUCGACAGGGAACUGCCAGAAAUUCAGGCUGGUUUCAGAAGAGGACGUGGAACCAGGGAUAUCAUCGCUGAUGUCAGAUGGAUCCUGGCUGAAAGCAGAGAAUACCAGAAGGAUGUUUACCUGUGUUUUAUUGACUAUGCAAAGGCAUUCGACUGUGUGGAUCAUAACAAAUUAUGGAUAACAUUGUGAAUGCCAUAACACUUAAUUGUGCUCAUGAGGAACCUUUACAUAGAUCAAGAGGCAGUUGUUUGGAUGGAACAAGAGGAUACUGAUUGGUUUAAAGUUAGGAAAGGUGUGCGUCAGGGUUGUAUUCUUUCACCAUACCUAUUCAAUCUGUAUGCUGAGCAAAUAAUACAAGAAGCUGGACUAUAUGAAGAAGAACAGGGCAUCAGGAUUGGAGGAAGACUCAUUAACAACCUGGGUUAUGCAGAUGACACAACGUUCCUUGGUGAAAGUGAAAAGGACUUGAAGCACUUACUAAUGAAGAUCAAAGACCACAGCCUUCAGUAUGGAUUGCACCUCAACAUAAAGAAAACAGAAGUCCUCACAACUGGACCAAUGAGCAACAUCAUGAUAAACGGAGAAAAGAUUGAAGUUGUCAAGGAUUUCAUUUUACUUGGAUCCACAAUCAACAGCCAUGGAAGCAGCAGGCAAGAAAUCAAAAGACCCAUUGUGUUGGGUAAAUCUGUUGCAAAGGACCUCUUUAAAGUGUUGAAGAGCAAAGAUAUCACCUUGAAGACUAAGUGUGCCUGACCCAAGCCAUGGUAUUUUCAAUCACAUCAUAUGUAUGUGAAAGCUGGACAAUGAACAAGGAAGACCGAAGAAGAAUUGACUUUUGAAUUGUGGUGUUGGCGAAGAAUAUUGAAUAUACUAUGGACUGCCAAAAGAAUGAACAAAUCUGUCUUAGGAGAAGUACAACCAGAAUGCUCCUUAGAGGCAAAAAUGGCAAGACUGCGUCUUACAUGCUUUGGACAUGUUGUCAGGAGAGAUCAGUCCCUGGAGAAGGAUAUCAUGCUUGGCAGAGUACAGGGACAGCGGAAAAGAGGAAGACCCUCAACGAGGUGGAAUGACACAGUGGCUGCAACAAUGAGCUCAAGCAUAACAACGAUUGUAAGGAUGGCACAGGAUGGGGCAGUGUUUUGUUCUGUUGUGCAUAGGGUCACUAUGAGUCGAAACCAACUCUAUGGCACCUAACAACAACAAUGCCACUGAACAAUUUGUGUGGAAAUUGUCAAAUGGGAACUGAACUUGCUGUGUAAACUUUCACCAAAAACUCAAUAAAAUAUUAUUAAAAAAAAAAGUCUCAGAGACCUGUGGCACAACAUCUAGCAUACCAACAUAUAUGUGUUGGGAGUUCCAGGAGAGACAAGAAAGAGACAGAAAAAUAUUUGAAGAAAUUAUAGCUGACACUUCCCAAAUUUGACAAAUACCUGAAGCUCAGUGAACCCCAAGUGAAAUAACACGCCUAGAUACAACAUAGUCAAAAGAUUGAAACCUUGAAAGCAACAAGAGAAAAACAGCACAUCAUGAACAGAGGAACAAUUAACAGAUGAUUUCUCACUGGAAACAAUGGAAGCCAAAAGGCAGUUAGAUGACAUAUUCAAAACACUGAAAACACAAAACAAAACAAAAAGUCAACCUAGAAUUCUAUAUUCAGCAAAACUAUCUUUCAAAAAUGAAAGCAAAACUGAAAGAAUUUGUGACUGGCAGAAAUACCUUACAAGAAAUGCUGAAGAAAAUUCUUCGGGCUUAAAGGAAGUGAUACUAGACAGUAAGUGGAAUCUGCAGGGAGAAAUGAAAACUGCUGGAAAUGGUAAAAAUGUGGGUAAAUAUAAGAUUCUGCAAAUAUACUUUUUCUCAUAUCUUGUCUUCUUUAAAAGACAUAAGAUUUUAUAAAGCAAUAUAACAUUAUAUUGUUGGUUUUAUAACAUACACAGAUGUAACGUACAACCAUAACAGCAUAAAGGAGUUGGAAGGAAUGAGAAAUGUAUUAAAGUUUCUAUAUUUUAUCAGAAUUAAAUUAGUAUUUUUCAGAAGUAGAUUGUGAUAAAUUAAGAUGUACACUGUAAUCCGUAGAGCAACUACUACACAGAUAUACGUAAACCAAAAACCAAACUCAUUGCAAUGGAGUCAAUUCCAACUCAUAGCAACCCUAUAGGACAGAGUAGAACAGCCCCAAAGGGCUUCCAAGGAGCAGCUGGUGGAUUUGAACCACCAACCUUUUGGUUAGCAGCCAAGCUCUUAAUCACUGUGCCACCAGGGCACACACAGAUAUACAUGUGUAACACAAACUUUUAAAAAAUCAACAGAAGUAUGAAAUGGUACACCAAAAUCUAUUAUUUACGAAAAGAAGCCAGUAAAGGAAGAAGAGAAAGAAAAAAAAUAAAAGAGACAAAUGGGAAGCCAAUAGCAAAAUGGUAGCUGUAAAUCCAAUCAUGUAGAUAAUUACAUUAAAUGUGAAUGGAUUAAACAUUCUAAUCAAUAGACACAGAUUAUCAGACAUGAUAAAGAAAAAAGAAAACCUAACCAUACACUGUAUACAAGAGACACACCUUAGAUUCAAAGACACAAAAAGGUUGAAAGUAAAGGGAUAGGAAAAGGUAUACCAUGCAAACAGUAACUAUGAGACCUACAGUGCCUAUAUUAAUAUCAGAUAAAAUAGACUUUAAGGGGAGAAAUAUUACCAGAAACAAAGAGUAAUGUUUCAUGAUGAUGCAUAAUAUAUCAGGAAGAUGUAAUUAUUAUAAAUGAAUACACUCCCAACAACAAAACCCUAAAAUACAUGAAGCAAAAACAGGCAAAACUGAGAAAUAAAACAGACGAAUCAACAAAAAUAGUCGGAGAUUUUAAAACCUGGCUCUCAAUAAUUGACAACGACAGACAGAAAAUUGGCAAGAAUGCAGAAGGCUUAAACAAUGCUGUCAACCAAUUUGACCUAUCUGACAUUUAUAGAACACUCCACCCAACAACUGCAAAAUAUACAUUUGUUUCAAUUUAUAACAUUAUGCAAGCAGCUAAAAUUCCCAUAGAAAGCCUACCAUCUUUCUGCCCGGGGAGCAAGUGAUGAAAUCUGGGGCAGCCAAGACUACUGGAAAGUGAACAGGAAAUCCUGAAGGGGAAAGAAUCAGAGGAAGAAAGUCCCUAAUUUAGUGUAUCACCACAUGCCUGUCAGCUUGUCAUACUGUGGUGGCUUGCGUGUCGCUGUGGUGCUGGAAGUUAUGCCACUCGGUAUUUCAAGUGCCAGACUAAGACGGUGUGCUUCUGAAACAAUUAGCCAAUGAAGACCUUGACUAGCAGCGGAACACUGGCUGAUAGAGUGCCAAAGACGAGCUCCUCAGGUUGGGACGCAGUCCAGAUACGACUGGGAAAGAGCCGCCUCCUCAAAGUAGAGUUGACCUUAAUGACGUGGCUGGAGUCAAGCUUUCGGGACCUUCAUUUGCUGUUGUGGAAUGACUCGAAAUUAGAAGAAACAGCUGCAAACAUCCAUUAAUAACUGUAACGUGGAAUGUACAAAGUAUGAAUCUAGGAAAAUUGUUAAGUCAUCAGAAAUGAAAUGGACUGCAUAAAGAUCAAUAUUCUAGGCAUUAGUGAGCUGAAAUGGACUGGUAUUGGCCAUUUUGAAUCACAGAAUCAUACGGUAUACCUUCCUGGGAAUGACAAAUUGAAGAGGACUGGUGUUGUAUUCAUGGUCGAAAAGAACAUUUCAAGGUCUAUCCUGAAGUACAACGCUGUCAGUGAUAGGAUAAUAUCCAUAUGACUAUGAGGAAGACCAGUUACUAUGACUAUUAUUCAAAUUUAUGAACCAACCACUAAGGUCAAAGAUGAGGAAAUUGAAGAUUUUUACCAACUUCUGCAAUCUGAAAUCAAUCUCACAGGCAACCAAGAUGCAUUGAUAAUUACUGGUGAUUGGAAUGGGAAAGUUGGAAACAAAGAAGGAACAAUAGUUGGAAAAUAGGGCCUUGGUGUUAGAAAGAACACCGGAGAUGGCGUGGUAGAAUUUUGCAAGGCCAAUGACUUCUUCAAGGCAAAUAUCUUUUUUCACCAACAUAAACGGCGACCAUACACAUGGACCUCGCCAGAUGGAAUACACAGGAAUCAAUCUGACUACAUGUGUAGAAAAAGACCAUGGGAAGGCUCAAUAUCAUCAGUCAGAACAAAGCUGGGGGCUGACUGUGGAACAGACCAUCAGUUGCUCAUAUGCAAGUUCAAGUUGAAGGUGAAGAAAAUUAGAACAAGUCCAUGAGAAUCAAUGUAUGGCCUUGAGUAUAUUCCACCUGAAUUUAGAGACUGUCUCAAGAACAGAUUUGAUGCCUUGAACGCUAAUGACUGAAGACCAGAUGAGUUGUGGAAUGACACGAAGAACGUCCUACGUGAAGAAAACAAGAGGUCGUUAAAAAGACAGGAAGGAAAGAAAAAAAGACCAAAAUGGAUGUCAGAAGAGACUCAGAAGCUUGCUCUUGAACGUAGAGUAGCUAAAGCUAGUGGAAGAAAUGAUGAAGUAAAACAGCUAAACAGAAGAUUUCAAAGGGUGGCUUGAGAAGACAAAGUAAAGUGUUAUAAUGAAAUGUGCAAAGACCUAGAGUUUGAAAACCAAAAGGAAGAACACCCUUGGCAUUUCUAAAGCUGAAAAAACUGAACAGAAAAUUGAAGCCUUGAGUUGCAAUGUUGAAGAAUCCUACGGGGAAAAUAUUAAACGACGCAGGAAGCAUCAAAAGAAGAUGGAAGGACUACACAGAAUCACUGUACCAAAAAGAAUUAGUCAACACUCAAUCAUUUCAGGAGGUGGCAUAUGAUCAAGAACCGAUGGUAGUGAAGGAAAGAGUCCAAGCUGCACUGAAGGCAUUGGCGAAAAACAAGGCUCCAGGAAUUGACCGAAUAUCAGUUGAGAUGUGGGUAUGUCCCCUGUAGGUCAGAUAUGUAACCUAGGUACAAUCACUGUGAUCCAAGGGCUGAUCCGUGUGCAGAAUUAUUGCAGACUAAAGGGGCUCCGAGCCAGACUGUCUCUCCUGAAAUCCAAGUCCCUGAGCACUGAGGAAGGGGGUCAGGGGGCUGCAGUACUGUGACUAGAAUCCCAGUUGAGUCCUCCUAUUGGCAGGUGAAGGGAAAGGGGUGGGGGGUUGUAUGCUCAGCUUCCCACCUCUUAUCUAAAGCUAGGCCUUCACACCACACAGCUACUUCACCGUGGGCUGGAGCCAAUAAACCCACUGCCAUCCCAACUCAUAGCUACCCUGUAGGACAGAGUAGAACUGCCCCAUAGGGUUUGAAGGCUGUAAAUCUUUAUGGAAGCAGACUGCCACAUCUUUCUCCCACGGACUGGCUGGUGAGUUUGAACCACCAAUCUUUUUGUUAGCAGCUGAGUGUUUUAACACUGUGCCACCACGGCUCUUGGUGAGCUGAGUGGGAAAUAAACUUGAAGACUCUGACUUCACACUUGGCUCACAAUGGGGUUAUUUCUGCCCUGGAGUUUUCACCUCCUACCUGCCAUGCCUGCAAGGGGCUCUUUUCUCCGGCUUUGGGAGGAGAUGAGCAAGUCUCCCUUAGCUAAUUUCUGCUUCCUAGAAGGCUGGGCUGGGGAACCAAAAUCAAGCUGCGUACCUAGGGGCUCCGGGUGUGGGUUGAGGAAGGGGUGUUCUCUGUGGCUGGUGAGGGAGGAGUGGGAUCCAUGUGGCCUCCCUUCCCUCUGCCCCCUGAGACUGGCCCUCUGGGAGUAGGGAGGCCUGGGAGGAACAGGAACUGCUGCCCCUGUGUGACCCUGGCCUUCCUCACAGUAUCUCUACGCUCGUUUCCUCACCUGUGAGAGGGAAACGGGGUCUGCUUUUCUGGGCUGUUGUAGGUUUGUCAGAAGAAGCUGUGUGAGGGGGGGUGUGGUGCUGAGAUCAUUGUGUCAUAUGAUCCAGCAAGUCCACUUCUCCCAAGGGAAUUGAAGACAGACACUCUUACCACAGGGUUCAUUGUAGCAUUGUUCACAAUGACCAAAAGGUGGAAACAGCCAAAUGACUGUCUUAGUCAUCUAAUGCUGCUAUAACAGAAAUACCACAAGUGGACGGCUUUAACAAAGAGAAAUUUAUUUUCUCACAGUCUAGUAGGCUAGAAGUCGUAAUUCAGGGCCUCAGCUCCAGGGGAAGGCUUUCUUUCUCUGUCAGCUCUGGAGGAAGGUCCUUGUCCUCAAUCUUCCUCUGGACUGGGAGCUUCUCCGUGCAGGAACCCUGGGUCUAAAGGACGUGCUCUGGUCCCGGUGCUGCUUUCUUGGUGAUAUGAGGUCCCCCACUCUCUGCUUGAUUCCCUUUCCUUUUUAUCUCUUGUAAGAUAAAAGGUGGCACAGCCCACACCCCAGGGAAACUCCCUUUACAUUGGAUCAGGGAUGUGACCUUAGUAAGGGUGUUACAAUCCCACCCUAAUCCUCUUUAACAUACAAUUACAAUCACAAAAAGGAGGACAACCACACAAUACUGGGAAUCAUGGCCUAACCAAGUUGACUCAUAUUUUAGGGGGACACAAUUCAAUCCAUGACAAUGACCGCCAACAGAUAAAUGGAUAAACGAAAUGGGGUGCAUACACACAACGGACUAUUACUCAGCCAUAAAGAGAAAAGAAGUCCUGAUGCAUGCCACAACAGAGAAGAACUUUGAAAACAUUUCACAGAGUGAAAUAAGUCAGUCACAAAAGGACAAAUAUUGUAUGAUCCCUCUUACGGGAAAGUCUAGAAUUAGCAAACGCUUACAGACCAAAGUUUAUCAGUGGUUACCAGGGGCGGGCAAGAGGAAAGGGGAACUCACUGCUUAGGGGACACUGAGCUUCUGUUAAGGGUGAUGGAAAAACUCGAAAAGGCAUAGUGAUGACGGUUAAACACGAUGACCAUAGUCAGUAACACUGAAUGGGGCAGGUCAAGAACGUUGAAAUGGCAAAUGUUUUGUUGCACAUAUAUUUAGCGCAAUUUAAAAAACAAUUUUUUUCUGGAGGAGCUCUGGCGGUUUCAGCACAGAAGCUCCCUCUCCACACGUCCUCAGGAAUGGCCCCGGGGGUUUGGAGGAGGAGAGGGAAGCAGGGCUGGCCGGGCUCCAGGAGGCCUGUGCUGUCCACUGCUGAGAGGGAGGGUCGUUAGGAAGGAAGCCUUCCCCGAAUGUAGCUCCAAGCCCAAGAGCUGUUUGAAGGUGGUCCCCUGAGACCUCUGGGGAGAGGGAAGUGGGAGGCAAUAGGGAAGAGGCGUGGCCCUCCCACACUCCAAAAGAGGGGUCUCCCAUCACCAGAGACCAGAGGCCUCUGAGCAAAACUUUGGGCAGAAGUCUCAGAAGCCAGAACCAAGAUCAUUUGGGGAUUGAGAAAGCUGGUGAGGGCUUUGCAAACAUGGUUACUAACCCUCAGGGUACAGAUGAGGAAACUGACCCAAAGGGGAGGAGGCCUUGCAGCUAGAGGCAUGCUGGGCCAGGAGCCAGCCAGGUCGUAGGUCUCCCUUUGCAGGAUAUAUUCGUGUGUGUCCGUGUGUGUCUGUCAGUGUCAGUGAGCAUGCGGGUGGAGGGGAACAGGCAAUUUGCAUAGGUAAUAAAGAGUUGGUGGGGGGGUCUUAGAAAUUCUGUAAUCAAUCUCCAGGCUAGUUGAUCCCCAGGCUUCCUGACCUACUGGCCAGUUCCCCUUCCUGGUGUGAAUCUGAGAGAAGGGAACAGCGACUGUGAGACAUAUUUUAUAUGGAUCAAGAGGCUCCUGGCAUCUCCUCAGCAUCCUGGGGAGCUCCCUGGCCUGCCCUGCCACUCAGCACCUCCAGCCAAAACCUCCAGGGGUGAAACUGGAGACACUGGGGACGUUAGGGACAGCAGAGCUGUUGGCAGGGAGGAAGAGUCCCUUGAUCUCCCUUGGAGGCUGCAGGAGAAUGCGAAAGUAGGAGACUGGCCCCUCCCUCCACAGCAACCCCAAGUCCUCUCUGUCCCCCAGAGCCUGCAUUGCACCCCCUCACCCCAAAUGCCCAGGCUGGGAUAGAGGAGCCCAAGGAGAAGCCAUCUGAGCUAUGUCCGGGAGGGCCAGCUGAGAGUGUGAGGCCCCUCACAUGCCGGAGGAGGGUGACAGACGGAGGAAGCAUGGAAACAGACUGUGGGCCUUCACCUUGUGUAUCUUGGGCAUUGGUCACUAAGGAGUAACUUUGCCUCCAUUAGCUGACAACUAACAGGAAUAUCAAGGCAUUUUUUGUUCAAUGGUAGCAUUCUCACCUCCUAUGUGGAGACCUGGGUUUGAUUCCCAGCCAGUGCACCUCAGGCAUAGCCACCACCCAUCUGUUAGUGGAAGAUUUGUACAUUGCUGUGAUGCUAACAGCUGCUAACCAAGAGGCUGGCAGUUCAAAUCCACCAGGCGCUCCUUGGAAACUCUAUGGGGCAGUUCUACUCUGUCCUAUAGGAUCGCUAUGAGUCUAAAUCAACUGAGGGCAGUGGGUUUUUUGUGAUGCUAAAUGGUUUUUUUUUUUUUUUUUAAACGGGUUUCAACGGAGCUUCCAGACUAAGACAGACAAAGAAGAAAGGCCUGGCGAUGUGCUUCCAAAAACCAGCCACUGACAAUGCUCUGUGUGGAUCACAAUGGUUCAGCCUGCAGCUGAUCAGGUGCAGGACCAGGCAGCGUUUUGUUCUGUCGUGCACGGGGUCACCUGAGUCAGAGCGGACUCAACGACAGCUAACAAUGGGAAAAUCAGCUAGUGGUGAUCUGGGAAAUAUCACAAUAAAUGCAGGGAACCUAACUUUCUCCCUUCUGAUGCUGAUGAAUUCCUGCCUUUGUUGGGGGCGGGGGAAGGUUCCUGGGGAUGGCUGCAGAUGAGAAACCUGGUAACAGCCCAGUCUGGAAAACCCGGGUUACACAAACCCUGGAAGAAGAAAAGAGGAGGAAAAGGGUCACUGGGGCUGGUUAAAGGGGCAGUGCCACCCCUGCCUUGAUGAUGGACAGGGAACUUGGUCAUUUGUGCCUCCACCUCCCCCUCAGUCUCGGUGCCCGGCUGGCUAUGAGCCCUGUGCCCUCACAGUGAAGGUGCCUCCGCUGCUCUUUGCAGGGGAUCGCUCUGGGGCUAUCUGCAAUCACCAAGCAGCCCCCUCUGUGGCUACCACAUCCAGCCCUGUUGCAGAGACAGCAGCUGAUGAUGAUAAGAGAAGCGUGGUGGCCACGAGAGGCCAACAUCAGCUUGUGAUUUCCGAUUCAGUUAGGCUGAAGCUGAUAAGGAGAGUGGGCUGCCCACGAUGGCCACACCGCCUGGCUGCUGCUGAGUUCUGGGCCUGCAGGAGCUGAAUUCUCGGUCCUCUGUCCUGCCCUGGACUUAUUCAUGCAUUCAUUUGUUUCAUUUAUUGAGCCAAGAUUGACUUAGCACUAUGAUGGAUAGACCCUAAUGAAUAAGACCUAGGCCCAGGACUUAAGCCCAGUAGUGGAGGGAGGAGGGACAAGACAGACAUUUGAUUUAAGAGCUCUAACGUACAGAUGCGAGGUAGACUGUGAUUCCAGUCACAUGACAGGGGCAGAAAUGAAGUAGAUAUGGGAGGGAGGCAGAGCCAGAGAGUAAAUGAUGUAUGUUUCUAGGCAUUCUUUCUUUCUUUUAACCAAAUGGCCUCCUUUACAAAUGAGGGUAGAACAAAAGCCAGCCAAGCCCCAGUAGAAAAGUCAGGGGGUUCCUUAGCCCCAAGGCUUCUUUGGCUGCAAGUGACAGAAACUCAUCUGAAACAGGUUUAAUCAAAAAAGAGAAUUUGAUUGCAUCACACAGCUGAUCAAUACAAGAGUAGAUAUGGCAUCAGGGUUUCAGGUAUAGCUGAAACCAGGUGCUCAAACAAUACUGUCGGCAGUCUGUCUCUCUCCGGAGCCAUUUAUCCAUUAGGCCCAAUGGGAUGAGAGAAAAGGGUUUGUGAGCUUUUCAAAAAUCUAGAAAUGUGCCUGAGGGCUCCCCACCCCCAAAUAAUUUUUGGCUUCAUAUGUGAAAAAAAAAAAAGAUGAACUAGCAAAUGUUUCAUCUUGGAAGUGACCUGUUCCCACCACUGCUUGCGGCACCAUUCCCUCGGCCCUCCAGUUGACGUGGAGUCGACUGUGACUUGUGAUGGCCCCAUGUGUGUUUCAUAAAGUUUUCAAUGGCUGAUUUUUUGGAAUUAGAUCACCAGGCCUUUCUUCCGAGGUGCCUCUGGGUGGACUCAAACCUCCAACCCUUCAGUUAGCAGCUGGGCACUUAACUGUUUGCACCUCACAGGGACUCCCCUUAGCACUGUUCUCUCCUCCUUAAGGUCAGUAGACGCUUUGUUUCUCUUGGUCCAUGUCCUCUCUGCAGUCUUUGGCUCUGUUGACCAUGAGCGUCUCCUUGACCCUCUCUCCUCCCCUGGCUUCUAUGACACAAUGCUUUUCCUCCAGCUUCUCUGAUGUGCUUCUAUAUUCUCCUUUGCUGCGUGCUUUUCUCUGCUGAAUGAAGGAUGACCAGGAGUGAGACAGGACAGGGGUUAAAAAGAGAGUUCCAAGAAGGGUUGAGAAGAGAAUUCUACAGCACAUGUCAAGGCCUGGAGGUAGGAGAGAACUGGAUUAUUGAGGAACUGCGGUUGUUCAGUACUUCUAGGAGGCGCUGGCAUGAGGGGAUAAGGCCUGAGGUUGGAGAUUGUUAUGGAUUGAAUUAUGUCUCCCAAAAAUGUGUGUCAACUUGGCUAGGCCACCAUUCCCAGUAUUGUGUGAUUGUCCACCAUUUUGUCAUCUGAUGUGAUUUUCCUGUGUGUUGAAAAUCCUACCUCUAUGAUGUUAAUGAGGCAGGAUUAGGGGCAGUUAUGUUAAUGAGGCAGUACUCAAUCUAUAAGAUUAAGUUGUUCAUUGAGUCAAUCUCUUUUGAGAUAUAAAAGAGAGAAGUGAGCAGAGAGACAGUGGGACCUCAUACCACCAAGAAAGCAGCCCAGGGAGCAGAGCAUGUCCUUUGGACCAGGGGUUCCUGCAAGGAGAAGCUCCUAGACCGAAGGAAGAUUGACGACAAGCACCUUCCUGAAGCUGACGGAUAGAGAAAGCCUUCCCCUUGAGCUGGCACCCUGAAUUUGGACUUCUAGCCUCCUAGAUUGUGAGAGAAUGAAUUUCUCUUUGUUAAAGCUGUCCGCUUCUGUUAUAGCAGUACUAGAUAACUAAGACAGAGAUGAAGGAGGGACAGAUCAACAAGGGCUUUACAAGUCAUGUCAAGGAGUUUGCCUGCUCUCUUAAAAGUUCUCUCUUCAACAGGGAGCCACUGAAGGUUAUAACAGAGGAGUAAGAUGAUCAGGGGGCAUUGGUGGUUCAGUGGUAGAAUUCUUGCUCUCCAUGCGGGAGACCCAGGUUUGAUUCCUGGCUAAGGUACCUGAUGCUCAGCCAGCACCCGUCUGUCAGUGGAGGCUUCCACAUUCCUGUUACGUUAAACAGGUUUCUGCAGAGCUUCCAGGCUAAGAUUGACUAGGAAGAAAAGCCUGCUGAUCUACUUCUGAAAAUAAGUAUAUGAAAACCCUAUGGAUUACUCCAGUCUGAUCUGCAUCCGAUCACAGGGAUGGUGCAAGACCAGGUAGCAUUUUGUUCCAUUGUGUGUGAGGUCGCCAUGGGUCCAGGUUAGCUCCACAGCACCCAACAACAACAACACGGUCAGAUUUGUGUCUCACUAUCAGAAAGGGUCCAUUGGUUGCUGGCUGGAAGCCAGACUAAACAGAGGCAUCAAGUGAAAGACACUGGUGGCCUGAUAAGUCAGUGAGGGUGGUGGGCGGAGAAGGGGGCAGCUUCCUUACAUACACACAGGACCUGGUGCUGUUGGGAUGAAACAGGAGAGGGAGAGGGAAGAAUUAAGGAUGACACCCAGGUUCCUGAUUCUGGGGGAGGGACAAAGGGAGAGAAGCAGGCUUAGAGAGGAAAUGAUCAGCUUGAUUCAUACAUAUGGGACUGGAGGUGCUUCGGGGACACCUGGCUAGAGGUAUCCAGGACAGGGAUGUGUGGGUGGGUCUGGAGCUCGGGAGACAGGUCACUGCCAUCAGCCCCAGAGGGGGUCCCCACCCAUCCAACAGAUUCUAAUAAGGAGCCUCCAGUGACUGUGGGGGCCUCAGAUGCUGUAGAAAGCAGGCUCACAGCAGGAUGUGUUCUGGGAGGAGCCUCGAGCUCAGGCCAUGGGGAAGGGGAAGGAAGAGGAGGGGACAGAGCUGGUGGUGCUGGGCUUUCCUCUGCAGAUCUUCAGACUGCAGCUGAGACUGAAGACACCCUGUGGGGUUCCUCUCAGACUUCUGGUUCCCUGGGGCCCGAGGCCUCCUGGGGCAGGACUUGGGGAACCGUGGCUGCGACUGAGCCAAGAACCACCUCUGUACAGGAAGAACAACCACCUGCCCUCCACUCUGCUGCCCGAGACAACCACAUCCUCCUUACACAGCCCACAGGCUCCCAUGGAGAGCUCAGAUGCAGAGCUGGACCUCUUGAGGAGUGUGCAGGCCGUGCUCCGGGAACUCAGCGUCCAGGCCCCUGCUCUGCAGAGCAACCAAGGCAUGUGGAGAUGGUCCCUGCACAAGAAGGUGGAGCGAGAUCCCUGGAAGAGCCCAGCUCUGGUCCGUAUCCUGCUCAGAGAGCUGGAGAAGGCUUCUGUGUUGCUAUGAUGCUGAACAGGUUUCAGUGGAGCUUCUACACUAAGGCAGAACGCGAGGACCGCCGGCAUGUCAUCAUUCCCCUGCUGCAUACGCUGAUGUACGUGCUCACGAAGGCCACAGGCAUCACUGAGGAGCUCUACCAGAGAACCUACACCUUUUGCACGCGGUUACUGACCCUGCCCACCCCCUAUUGCACAGUUGCCUUGGACUGCGCUAUCCGGCUGAAGACAGAGACAGCUGUCCCAGGGACGCUGUACCAAAGGAUGGUCAUUGCUGAACAGAACCUGAUAAAUGAGCUGUAUCCCUACCAGGAGAGAGUGUUCCUCUUUGUGGACCCUGAGCUGGUCUCCGCCUCCGUGUGCAGUGCCCUAUUGCUAGAGAUCCAGGCGGCUCAGGUGCAGCAGACACCAGAGGCCUGCAUGCGCCACGUGGUCUCCCACGCCCUGCAGGCUGCCCUGGGGGAGGGCUGCCACUCAGCUGCUCUGCAGAAGAAGCUGCAGGCCAGCCCUCGCCGCGCCCUGGAGCAGUAUUUCCACGCUGUGGUGGCCGCCGUGGAGCAAAUGGCUAACGAGCCCAGUCCCAGCCGGGCUGGUCACCUGGAGAGGCUGGAGGAGAUUUACUGCUCGCUCCUGGGGCCCCCAGCGGCCGCGAGGGGUCGCUGCGGCGAUGAGAAAACUGAGGAGGUUAAACAUCUUGCCCAAGAUCACCUAGCCAGUGACCCUCUCCAGGACCGGCCACCAAGCAUCCCCCUGCCCAGCCCCCACAUCACCUUCCACCUGUGGACGGAUGAGGAGCAGCUCUGGAGGGAGCUCGUACUCUUCCUUCGCCCUCGGUCCUGCCUCCGCCUCAGUGCUGACCUGGAGGCCUUGGAUCUGCAGGGCCUCCUGCCAGACCGGGAGCUGGCCCGGGUGUCCGUGCUGUCCACUGACAGCGGCAUCGAGCGGGACCUUCCUUCAGGGGCCGAUGAGCCACUUGUGCCCAGCAGCCCUGAGAUGGAGCGAGCCGGGCUGCAGCGCAAAGGGGGCAUCAAGAAGCGGGCAUGGCUCCCGGACCUCUUGCUGCCUGGCAGCUGUUAUGGACCCCCCGGGCUGCACCAGAGGACGGGUGGGCCUGGUGGGGACGGGGAGCUGCUGCCUGGGGUCUCCCGGGUGCACACAGCCCGAGUGCUGGUGCUGGGAGACGACAGGAUGCUGGGGCGCCUAGCCCAGGCCUACCACACCCUCAGGAAACGGGAGACCCAGAAGUUCUGCCUCACUCCCAGGCUCAGCCUGCAGCUCUACUACAUCCCCAUCCUGGCCCCAGAGGGGCCUGCAGCAUCCAGGCAGCCCGAGCUUGGAGAGCUGGCCGCAUUCCUGGGCCGCGCGGACCGGUGGUACCAGAGCACGGUCAACACGCUGUGCCCGGCCAUCCACAAGCUGGCUGAGAUGCCUCCCUCCCUGGAUACAUCCCGGACUGUGGACCCUUUCAUCCUAGAUGUCAUUACCUACUAUGUUCGCAUGGGCACCCAACCCAUCUAUUUCCAGAUCUACACAGUCAAGAUCUUCUUCAGCGAUCUGAGCCGGGACCCCACCGAGGACGUUUUCCUCACACAGCUAAAGGUGAAGAUCCAAGACUCCAAAUUCCCCAAAGAGGGUUUUUCACCCAAGAAGAGAGGUGUGGUUGAGGGCCAAGGGGCUGAGCUCUCCAUCUGCUACCAAAAGGCCCUGCUCAGCCACCGUGCACGAGAGGUCACUGUUUCCCUGCGGGCCACUGGGCUGGUCCUGAAGGCCAUUCCAGCCAAUGACACUGAAGGGCCCACCCACUUCCCUCGAGCUGCUGCUCCCGCUACAGACCACACGUGCCUGAAUGUCAGUGUGACAGAAGUUGUCAGAUCCUCCAACUUAGCGGGAAGGUCCUUCUCGCCCACACAGGUCAGCAUGCGCGUUUUGUCCAAGUGAACCAGAGGAUAAACACUGAGCAGCAGGAGAAGUUCAUGGUGAGCCAGGCUGAAGGCCUUCCUUGCUCGGAGAGCAGCAUGGGCAAGGGCACUGUGGCUGGCUUGGUGAGUUUCAGGGUCAGCAAUUGCACUACCUUGGCAGGAUUGGAAGCUUGAUAUAGAAAGUAAUGGGAAACAAAGCAGGAACAGUAGAACCGGGGCUUUGGGGUGUAGAAGUCGGGAAGCCACCGAGAGAGAAGAGGAGGCAAUUAGUAGCACUUUGCCCACACUCUUGUCUUGUGAGACUGGACCCUUGGCAAUUCUGCAUCUGGUUCUUUCAACUGACCCCUACAGCUGUGCUCAGACUGAAAUCCAAGACCCUCAUUGUGUUUAAGGGCCAGAGCCAACAGGUAGGGUGUGUCUGUUGUUGUUGUUAGGUGCCGUCGAGUCAGUUCCAACUCAUAGCGACCCUACGCACAUCAGAAUGAAACACUGCCCGGUCCUGAGCCAUCCUCACAUUUGUUGUUAUGCUUGAGCUCAUUGUUGCAGCCACUGUGUCAAUCCACCUCAUUGAGGGUCUUCCUCUUUUCCGCUGACCCUGUACUCUGCCAAGCAUGAUGUCCUUCUCCAGGGACUGAUCCCUCCUGACAACAUGUCCAAAGUAUGGAAGAUUCAGCCUCGCCAUCCUUGCUUCUAAGGAGCAUUCUGGUUGUACUUCUUCUAAGACAGAUUUGUUCGUUCUUUUGGCAGUCCAUGGUAUAUUCAAUAUUCUUCGCCAACACCACAAUUCAAAGGCAUCAGUUCUUCUUUGAUCUUCCUUAUUCAUUGUCCAGCUUUCACAUGCAUAUGACGCAAUUGAAAAUACCAUGGCUUGGGUCAGGCGCACCUUAGUCUUCAAGGUGACAUCUUUGCUCUUCAACACUUUAAAGAGGUCCUUUGCAGCAGAUUUACCCAAUGCAAUGCGUUGUUUGAUUUCUUGACUGCUGCUUCCAUAGUUGUUGAUUGUGGAUCCAAGUAAAAUGAAAUCCUUGACAACUUCAGUCUUUUCUCCAUUUAUCAUGAUGUUGCUCAUUGGUCCAGUUGUGAGGAUUUUUGUUUUCUUUAUGUUGAGGUGCAAUCCAUACUGAAGGCUGUGGUCUUUGAUCUUCAUUAGUAAGUGCUUCAAAUCCUCUUCACUUUCAGCAAGCAAGGUUGUGUCAUCUGCAUAACGCAGGUUGUUAAUGAGUCUUCCUCCAAUCCUGAUGCCCUGUUCUUCUUCAUAUAGUCCAGCUUCUCGUAUUAUUUGCUCAGCAUACAGAUUGAAUAGGUAUGGUGAAAGAAUACAACCCUGACGCACACCUUUCCUGACUUUAAACCAAUCAGUAUCCCCUUGUUCUAUCUGAACAACCACCUCUUGAUCUAUGUAAAGGUUCCUUAUGAGCACAAUUAAGUGUUCUGGAAUUCCCAUUCUUCGCAAUAUUAUCUGUAGUUUGUUAUGAUCCACACGGUUGAAUGUCUUUGCAUAGUCAAUAAAACACAGGUAAACAUUCUUCUGGUAUUCUCUGCUUUCAGCCAGGAUCCAUCUGACAUCAGCAAUGAUAUCCCUGGUUCCACAUCCUCUUCUGAAACCAGCCUGAAUUUCUGACAGUUCCCUGUCGAUAUACUGCUGCAACCGUUUCUGAAUGAUCUUCAGCAAAAUUUUGCUUGCAUGUGAUAUUAAUGAUAUUGUUCUAUAAUUUCCACGUUCGGUUGGAUCACCUUUCUUGGGAAUAGGCAUAAAUAUGUAUCUCUUCCAGUCAGUUGGCCAGGAAGCUGUCUUCCAUGUUUCUUGGCAUAGACGAGUGAGCACCUCCAGCGCUGCAUCUGUUUGUUGAAACAUCUCAAUUGAUAUUCCAUCAAUUCCUGUAGUCUUGUUUUUUGCCAGUGCCUUCAGAGCAGCUUGGACUUCUUCCCUCAGUACCAUCGGUUCCUGAUCAUAUGCUACCUCUUGAAAUGGUUGAACAUCGACUAAUUGUUUUUGGUAUAAUGACUCUGCGUCUUCCUUCCAUCUUCUUUUGAUGCUUCCUGCGUUGUUUAAUAUUUUCCCCAUGGAAUCCUUCACUAUUGCAACUUGAGGCUUGAAUUUUUUCUUCAGUUCUCUCAGCUUGAGAAACGCCGAGUGUGUUCUUCCCUUUUGGUUUUCCAUCUCCAGCUCUUUGCACAUGUCAUUAUAAUACUUUACUUUGUCUUCUCGAGUCGCCCUUUAAAAUCUUCUGUUCAGUUCUUUUACUUCAUCAAUUCUUCCUUUUGCUUUAGCUGCUCGACGUUGGAGAGCAGGUUUCAGAGUCUCCUCUGACAUCCACCUUGGUCUUUUCUUUCUUUCCUGUCUUUUCAGUGACCUCUUGCUUUCUUCAUGGAUGAUGUCCUCGAUGUCAUUCCACAACUCGUCUGGUAUUUGGUCACUAGUGUUCAAUGUGUCAAAUCUGUUCUUCAGAUGGUCUCCAAAUUCAGGUGGGAUAUACUCAAGGUCAUAAUUUGGCUCUCGUGGACUUACUCUGAUUUUCUUCAGUUUCAGCUUGAACUUGCAUAUGAGCAAUUGAUGGUCUGUUCCACAGUCUGCCCCUGGCCUUGUUCUGGCUGAUGAUAUUGAGGUUUUCCAUCAUCUCUUUCCACAGAUGUAGUCAAUUUGAUUUCUGUGUGUUCCAUGUGGCAAGGUCCAUGUGCAUAGUCGCCAUUUAUGUUGGUGAAAGAAGGUAUUUGCAUUGAAGAAGUUGUUGGUCUUGCAAAAUUCUAUCAUUCGAUCUCCAGCAUUGUUUCUAUCACCAAGGCCAUAUUUUCCAAAUACUGAUCCUUCUUCUUUGUUUCCAACUUUCGCAUUCCAAUCGACAGUAAUUAUUACUGCAUCUUGAUUGCAUGUUCAAUCAAUUUCAGACUGCAGCAGCUGAUUAAAAUCUUUUAUUUCUUCAUCUUUGGCCCUAGUGGUUGGUGCGUAAAUUUGAAUAAUAGUCGUAUUAACUGGUCUUCCUAGUAGGUGUAUGGAUAUUAUCCUAUCACUGACAGCAUUGUACUUCAGGAUACAUCUUGAAACGUUCUUUUUGACGAUGCAUGCAACACCAUUCCUCUUCGAGUUGUCAUUCCCAGCAUAGUAGACUACAUGAUUGUCUGAUUCAAAAUGGCCAAUAACAGUCCAUUUCAGCUCAUUAAUCCCGAGGAUAUCAAUGUUUAUGUGUUCCAUUUCAUUUUUGAUGAUUUCCAAUUUUCCUAGAUUCAUACUUCGUACAUUCCAGGUUCUGAUUAUUAAUGGAUGUUUGCAGCUAUUUCUUCUCAUUUUGAGUCAUGCCACAUCAGCAAAUGAAAGUCCUGAAAGCUUUACUCCAUCCAUGUCAUUAAGGUCGACUCUACUUUGAGGAGGCAGCUCUUCCCCAGUCAUCUUUUGAGUGCCUUCCAGCCUGGGGGGCUCAUCUUCCAGCACUAUAUCAGACAAUGUUCCGCUGGUAUUCAUAAGGUUUUCACUGGCUAAUGCUUUUCAGAAGUACACCGCCGGGUCCUUCUUCCUAGUCUGCCUUAGUCUGGAAGCUCAGCUGAAACCUGUCCUCCAUGGGUGACUCUGCUGGUGUCUGAAUACCGGUGGCAUAGCUUCCAGCAUUGCAGCAACAUGCAAGCCUCCACAGUACGACAAACUGACAGACAGUACUACUGAUACUACUACUACUACUACAGGGUGUGUCUAGCAGUGCUGAUCACAAAGGGGAAAUAAGAGACCUACCCUUCAGGGAUGUGGGAGGAGGUCCCAAUUGCCUAGAGGAAGAGGCAGGCCUGCUGGCAGGGUCAGGGAGGCUCAGAUCCAACAGGAGACACCAGAGCAGCCUGACACAGUAGAAAGAGCACAGAGUUGAGAAUCAAGCACCCGGUCCAACACCUCCCACCAUGAAGCCUUUGACAGGUCACAUUCAGCCCCUCUGGACCUGGGUCUCCUCACUUGUAGGAACCUGGAGUGUCCCUCAGCCUCACCAGCUGGACUCGGUUCAAGUGGGGGCUAUUACCUAGCAUAAAGUGAAUGCCCCUGGCUGUCCCCCAAGUCCCAGCUCAUGCAGGUUAGCAGCCUCCCUGCAAAGCCUCUCCAGGAAUUUCUGGAAGGUCACAGAGGACAUCCCAGUGCUGGCCACCACCCCAUCAGCUGUCUGUCAGUGUCCACUGCCUGCCCUCCACACACAGCUGCCCGUCAGGGCUGGAGGCUCCAGGCCACAGAGCUGCCACGGGUUCUGUUGCACAGGAGCUGGGAAGUCCCCUCUCCCAUGUGUGCCAUGGGCUCCCCACUGUCUGGGUAAAGAUGCUGGUGAAUUCUUCUGUCUUUACUCACAACCCUCCUGUUCAGACUCAGCCAGGAAUCUAACAAUAUGGUGGUAGCAGGAGGGGACCUGGGCUUGGAGACAACGUGAGGACAGAAAGAAUCCACAGUGGAUUCCUCCUCCCCUCUGACAACGAGGCUGCCUUAGGCAGUCCAUUCCAUAUGCUCAACUCCUAACUGGAAAAUUAAAAUAAAAGUCAUAGUAAUAAUAAACAACCAACUACCAUGUUCCAAACACUUAACAUAUGCUGUCUCAUUUAAUCUUCACAGCAGUCCUACAAGGUAACCAGCUGCCGUGGAGUCGAUUCCAGCUCACGGAGCCCCACGUGUAUCAGAGUAGAACUGUGCCCCACAGGAUUUUCAACAGCUAUGAUUUUUCAGAAGUAGAUUGCCAGGCCUUUCUUUUGGGUAGAUUUGAACUGCCAACCUUUGGGCUAGUAGCCAAGUGCUUAACCGUUUGUGCCAACCACGGACUCCUUGGCUAUACCUAAAAAGCUUUAAAAAAAUCAGUAUAUCCAUACCUAGGCUCAACUCCAGAGCACUUAAAUAAAAAUCUCUAAUUAUAUUGUUUGAAAGGUGAUUCUCAUGAGCAACCAGGGCUGAGAACAGCUGAAUGGGGUAGACUCUAAGGCCCCUGGCAACUCACGUGUUCUGUGGUGGUAAAUUACACAGAGCAGCAGUCUGCAUGUGGAAUGGGCCAGAGAGGUGACCGAGAAUGGCAGCCUGGAACGCAAGACCCGCCAGAUCCUCUGCCCAAUGGGAAGGGCCUCUCUGGAGCAGCCCCCACAGGUUGGGGUUGGAGGGCUGCCUGGAGACUGCUUUCCUUUGGGCCUGGGUACUUUGCAGAGAAGCCGAGCAGUGCUCUGGAGAGUGGAAGGUGGGAACACCUUGCUCCAGGCCACCUAUGCAGAGCAAGGAGUCUGUCUACCUGUGUGGCUCCACAGACUAAUCCCAUGGUAUAAGCUGAAGCAAGUGCCCUGGAUGCAGGCCUGGUUUGAGGCAUGGGGAUGCUUAGCUACUUUCUAGACCCUCUGUCUCUGCCCAGGUAAAUAAUUUCAUGUGUAAUCUAUCGCUAAGAACUAGGGUCAGGACUUAUAAAACUCCUGACAUGUCCCCGAGAUCCCAUACAUAACAGCAUGCCUGUCGUCUAGGAGGUACUCAGAAAAUGUGAGUUAAAUAAAUCAGCAUCUCAAACUCAGCUCACUUGAUAACCUUGCAAGCACCAUUCCCAGCUUUCCAGUUUCUGUUCAAGAUUAAGGACAGCGGGUUGGGAAAAGAGCUGCAGACCCAAGGGUGAGGGCAGCUUAGAAGCAGUUUCUGCAGGGUUGUCACUGCCGAGUCACUUGCAGGAAGAGACCCUGGGGGGCUGAUGUGCUGGAACACCCAGACUUUGGGGUUGGGGAUAUUGGCAGGGUCACGUGCUAAAUACAGGUGACGCUCAUGUGUGCUGUCUCUU